GAGACCAGUGUUGGGGUGGGGCCGACGCUGAGGGGCGGGGCCAGGAAGGACGAGGCCCCGCCCAUGCUCUCAGAGCAGCGCUGCGUCGGCGCGGCCUGAUGACGUCAGAGGGCGCGCGGAGGGGCCCGGCAUGAGGACUUUAUGGAGCUUGGGAUACUCUGCCAGACUACUGAAAACUAAUCGCUGUAGGACAGCUGCAUCAAAUACAUCAUUUCCAACAGUUUGGAUGCUCUUGGCGCAAUAUUCUGGCAGAAUACCUGGGCCCUUUGUAGUAGUUAAGAAAAAUAGUUUUUUUACAAUGCCUGAAACUGCAGAGGAUAAAUCUGAUGUAGAACUGUAUUCGCCACAUCCUGAAGUGCGUGGGAUGAAAGUACUCGACAGAGAAGCUUUUAAAAGGACAGUAGUUGUUCCAGUUCUUAAAGUCAAGAAAGAAACUGUAAAUACUGUGCUUAAGUCCCUGAAACAUACGGUGCUACAGCGUCCUGGUCUGAAGCGAGUGGUGGAGGCUCCAGAAGAUGAGGACAGUAGACUUGUUGUUUUGGAUCCUCACAAAAUACCUGAAUUCUCAUUGGGAGAAUCAGAACAAGAGGUAUUAAAAAAGCUUAAUGUUCCUCCUGAGGUGUUCAAGUAUAACUUGGAGCUGACUUAUGAGAAUUUCAAGUCGGAGGAGAUCCUACGAGCAGUCCUUCCUGAAGGUCAAGAUGUCACCUCUGGAUUUAGCCGUGUUGGCCACAUAGCUCAUUUCAAUCUUAGAGAUCACCAGCUACCCUACCGACAUUUGAUUGGCCAGGUUAUAAUUGACAAGAAUCCAGGCAUCACCUGUGUAGUGAAUAAAACCAGCAUUAUUGACAGCACGUACAGAAAUUUUCAAAUGGAAGUGCUCGCUGGAGAGAGCAACCUGGUAACCAAGGUCAAAGAAAAUAGUAUCUUAUAUGAAUUGGACUUCUCUAAAGUCUACUGGAACCCACGUCUUUCCACAGAACACAGCCGUAUCGUUGAACUCUUAAAGCCCGGUGAUGUCCUUUUCGAUGUCUUUGCUGGGAUUGGUCCUUUUGCUAUUCCAGCAGCAAAGAAAAAGUGUCGUGUAUUUGCAAACGAUCUCAAUCCUGAAUCCUACAACUGGCUUCUGCACAACUGCAAGCUCAACAAAGUGGACAGCAAAAUAAAAGUGUUCAACAUGGAUGGCAGGGACUUCCUCCUGGGGCCAGUAAGAGAAGAACUAAGUAAAGAGCUCCCACUUCUGAAAGGAGAACAGAAAACUUCAUUUCAUAUAGUCAUGAAUUUGCCAGCUUUGGCUAUUGAAUUCCUAGAUGUUUUCAGGCAUCUUUUGGUCGGAGAGCCAUGCAGCACUGCUGGCCUUCCCACGGUGCACUGCUACGGCUUCUCCAAACAUGAUGACCCUGCCAAAGAUAUUCAAGAACGAGCUGAGGCUUCUCUAGGAGCCUCCUUAGGUGGACGCUGUUCUACUUACCUGGUUAGAAACGUUGCACCGAACAAGGAGAUGCUGUGCAUUAGUUUCCAGAUCCCAGCGGAUGUGCUGUACAAGAGUCCCUGCCACGAGGAAGCAGAACCAGCCUCCAAGCGUCUGUGCACCAGCAAAGAGUUUCCUGAAGAAAAGCCACGGAGUUGAGGACCGGAGUUACAGUAACAACCUUAGGAACUUGCAAAGGUUUACUUAGGUUACCUCUGGUUUACGCUCUUGGGUUAUUUGAAGUGUAACCUGCGUUACCCACCUCCAGGACCGAGAUGCGCGAUGGCACCUUUCCUUUGUGAGCCUUUGUGGUUUUUUUCAAUUGUGGGAUCAAUAGGCAGAUUGAAGUUGUUGUUACGAAAAAAGAAAAUAGAACUGUGCUUUUUUUGUAAUAAACGUGUUUUG